UGCAUUUGCAAAAGUUGGAUAAAAUGUAUUAGCAUGAUAGUUUAUCAUCAAGGGGACACUUCCUUUCAGAUACUAACAAAAGUAUAAAAGGUUAAAGCUUUUUUCUUCCAUUGUUCAAAGUUUAUUGUGCAAUGAAGGGAGCUGUGUCGAUCUUGUUAUUUUACUUUGUAUUUGGACUGGAGGGGUCAAAGGCCAACGCGCCAGAUGACCCGGAGUUAAUCGAGAGAUCUCUGGCAACGACCAACAUGCUUGGCUUUCCUGAAGAGCUUUUGCUAGAUGCACUUUUCCCUAACGAUGUAGAACCCAGUAAACAUAGCGCGGAGGAACUUUUCAAAGCUCUGAGCAGUGGAGAGGGCCAGGAAGCAGCCAGGGUGGCGGCUAUGCGCUCCAUGUUGUCUAACCCUAGGGCUAGAGGCACUGACGGAUGGCUGGGUGGAAUGUGCGACGCAAUGCCAUGGUUGUCCUGGCUGCUCAGGUGCACUUCUUCUGAUGAGGAGGGAGGUGGCGUGGAAAAUAGGGAGGAACCGCCUCAGGAACCCAACACCCUGGUCAUCAGAGAGUACGUCUAUGCCAAAUGCGAUUUCAGUGCUGGAGAUUAUUCCGAGGAAGACAAUAGUUUGGGAAGAAAAUAAUUCUUGCAAUAAUAAUUCUCUUAAAAAAAUACAUGAUAGAAGAAUAUGAAUGUAUUUCACCAGGAUUCGUUUUAUUAAAAUUUGAAAAUUUCCUCCAAAAGCAAGUCCCAGUAUAAUUACAUUUUACAAAAUUAAAUUAUGAUAAGCUGUCACAUCAUAAAUUGCCCUUGAACUUUAAAUAAACAGACAUUUCAAUUAAUUAAAAUCUGUGUCACAUAAAUGAUGAAGACACGUUUGCAUAUACAUUUAAUAAGAGGGGGGAUAAUAACUUUUAU